UAAUUAAACUAAUUAAUUACUCAAAUUAUAACGUGAUUAAGCCGUCUUCUUUCUUUCUCCCUUCUUGAUUUCUGAACCCCCAAGAAUGGCGAACGAACCAAAUUCCAAUUUAUCCACCACCACCACCACCAACAACAGCAAACUCUUCUCAAUCAUGUUACAGCCAUUCCGGUGGCUUAAAAUGCUUUCAACGGAGCUACAUCCAAGUUUCAUCGCCGGAGUAAUCCUCAUCUACGGUCUAAGUCACGGCUUCUCCGGCUCUUAUUUCAAAGUCGUUUCCGAUUACUACUGGAAAGACGUACAAAAGCUACAACCUUCGGUAGUUCAGAUCUACACCGGGAUAUACACGAUUCCAUGGGUGAUGAAGCCAAUUUGGGGAUUAUUGACGGACGCGUUUCCAGUGAGAGGGUAUUUGCGGCGGCCGUAUUUCGUGAUUUCGGGGGUGGUUGGAGCAACGGCGGCGGUAGGGGUGGCAGUGAAAGGGGGAUUGGGGGUUUUGGAAGCAUUAGGGCUUUUGAUUGGGGUUUCAGGGGCGAUGGCGAUUGCGGAUGUGACGAUUGAUGCUUGCAUUGUGAGAAAUAGCAUUGAAGUUCAGUGGUUGGCGCAAGAUUUGCAAAGCUUGUGUGGAGCUUGUUCUUCGAUUGGGCAUUUGAUUGGAUAUUCAAGUAGUGGAAUUUUUGUUCAUCUUCUUGGCGCUCAGGAAGCACUUGCAAUCUUGGCAAUUCCACCAGCCUUGAUAAUCUUGUUGGGCUUCUUCAUACACGAGACACCAUCCCCCACCCUCCAAUAUAAUGGGAAGUCCAAGGGAGGAUGUAUAAACCAAGUGGGAGUGGCUAUAAGAGAGACGUGCAAAGCCGUCAAAUAUCCACACGUGUGGAGGCCUUCCCUUUUCAUGUUUUUGUGUCUUUCUCUUAGCAUAAGUACCCACGAGGGACAAUUUUAUUGGUACACAGACAAGAAAGCUGGACCUGCCUUUUCUCAGGAAUCGGUAGGCCUAAUUUACGCACUCGGCUCAGCAGCAUCACUAAUUGGAGUUCUAAUCUACCACAAAACCCUAAGAGACUUAAAAUUCCGACGAAUCCUCUUCUUCGCUCAACUCUUUUACGGCGUCGCCGGGUUUCUCGACGUCAUCUUCGUACUCCGGUGGAAUUUAGCCUUAAAAAUUCCAGAUGAGUUAUUCGUAGUCAUUGAAGAGUGUGUUACUCGAAUCGUGACGCGAAUCCGAUGGACGCCGAUGAUGGUUCUGAACACUCGACUAUGUUCCGUUGGAAUCGAAGGGACGUUCUUUGCAUUAUUGGCUUGUAUUGAUAGUUUGGGGACGUUGUGCUCAAAAUGGAGCGGGGGAUUGGUGCUCCAUGCGUUUGGAGUAACGAGGAGUGAUUUUAGGAACUUGUGGUUGGUGGUUCUGCUUCGAACCGUGUUGAGAUUUGUGGUUGUGGCGUUCGUUUUUCUUGUUCCCGAUGCAAAUCAAUCGGACAUUUUGAUUCCGGGUGAUCAUACGAUGGUUAGAAAGAGUAGUUCGAGGACAACGAAGGAAGAUGGGGAUAACAUUCCUCUUGUUUCCAUGAGAAGCGAGGGUCGAGAUUAGUGUGUACAGAGUGUAGAGCUAGAAAUGUUACGUGGGAUUGGAAUAAUUGGAUUAUGAAUUUGAGAUAUUUUGGAUUUUUCAUAUUU